CUUUGAAUGGAUGUGAGGACUUUUACCGCUCUGCUCCCUUUUGUGGAUGGGAGAAAGAUCGAGGGGAACAAAAACCCUAGUUCCUUUCUUAUGCUCUUCUCAGCUCCCGUCGACUGGAUUCCUGCGUAAGCUGUGAUGUUAUUGGCAUGACUCUAGCUGCGUCUUCGGAAUCUGGUGGUUUGAAAAAGUUGGAAAUUUGAUGUUUUUCUCAUUGAAAACGAAAGGUUUGCGGCAUUAUUUUUACGAGAGCUAACUUAAAUGGGCACUUCUUCUGGUGCUAAUUUUCACCAGCAACAAUCCCCAAAAAUGCUGCCUCCUCGCCAGCGCCCUAGGUCUUCAGGUUUGCAGACCUCCCUCUCUCUCGCUUCAUCUGAUGCCAAUGGAUCCCACGACAUUCAAGAGCCAUUAUCAAACUCCGAUCAAGCUAAUGACUCACCAUCCGACAGUACGAGCUCCAGAGAAACAUGGCCCAUCGAAACUGGCCGCUCUAAUUGUUUGAUCAUAAAAAGCGCUGAUAAGGAAGAAGGGGAGAGCAACUUCCCCGAGCCACAGGUCCUACGCCGAAUUUCAACCGUAGAUAAGCUUUCGCUUCGUGAAGUCGCUCGCGAGAGACUCGAUAUCGUUUCGGAUAGAAUGGCGGCAGCCCCUAUUGAGCUUUUGGAAGAACUGAAGGCUGAGCUUAGAGUCAUCCUCGAAGGAACCGGAGGAGCUCAGCAUAGGGAGGAGUUCUUGCGCCUCCAACAGCUGGUUCAAGCUAGAGAUGAUCUGACAUCCAAAACUCUUGUAAGGGCGCAUAGAGUGCAGCUGGAGAUUCUAGUUUCGAUCAACACUGGAAUUCUCGCCUUCCUUCACCCAAAUGUCAGUCUUGCGCAUAGUCGCCUCAUUGAGAUCUUCCUAUACAAGAGGUGCAGGAACAUUGCUUGCCAGAGUGCUCUUCCAGCUGAUGAUUGCUCCUGCGAGGUCUGCACUAGGAGAAAUGGUUUCUGCAAUCUUUGCAUGUGUGUGGUGUGUAACAAGUUUGACUUUGAGGUCAACACAUGCCGUUGGAUAGGCUGUGAUAUCUGCGCGCAUUGGACUCAUACAGAUUGUGCUAUGCGUGCUGGUCAGAUUGGAAUGGGACCUUCUGCUAAGAGUAUUAUGGGGCACAGUGAGAUGCUUUUCAGGUGCCCAGCUUGCAAUAAGACUUCUGAGUUGUUAGGUUGGGUGAAGGAUGUGUUUCAACACUGUGCCCCUGGGUGGGAUCAAGAGGGGCUUUUGCGCGAAUUAGAAUUUGUUUGUAGAAUUUUUCGUCUCUGCGAGGAUGUGAAAGGAAGAAAGUUGUAUUGGAAGUGCUGUGAUCUUAUAGAAAAGUUAAAGACUGGAGCUUUAGAAUCCACAUCAUGCAGGAUGCUAUUGCUGGUUUUUCAAGAGCUCGAGAUAGAAUCAACAAAGAACACUGAAAAUGAAGACCUUGGCUGCGUGAUCUCUCCACAGGAAGCCUGCAACCGGAUAGCAGACGUGGUCCAGGAGGCCGUGAGGAAGAUGGAGAUGGUUGCCGAGGAGAAGCUCCAGAUGCUCAAGAGGGCACGACUUGCUGUCGAGUCCUGCGACCGCGAGCUUGAGGACAAAGCCCGGGAGGUCACCGAGCUCAAAAUGGAGAGACAGAGGAAGAAACAGCAGGUGGAAGAGCUCGAAAGCAUCGUGAGGCUCAAGGAGCUUGAGGCCGACAUGUUCCAGGACAAGGCAAAUCAAGCCCGGCAGGAGGCCGAGAGACUGCAAAGCAUUGCCCUCGCAAAAACAGAGAAAGCGGAACAAGAUUAUGUGAAUAUGUAUCUCAAGCGACGCCUGGUCGAGGCGGAAGCAGAGAAGCAGUAUCUAUUCGAGAAGAUGAAGCUUCAGGAGAGCCAACGAACCAUACACGGAAGCGGUGUUGGCUGCAGCGGCAUUGGUGGCAGCGGCGAUGCUGGUGCUGGUGCUGGUGUUGGUGCUGGUGUGGGCAACGAUCCGUCGCAGACAUUGAUGUUCAACAAAAUCCAGGAUUUAUUGAAGAAUGUGUACAAUGUUACUCCAAAAACUGAAGGGCAGCAGCCAAAGUGAGCGUGGCCUUAUUAGUUCUAUCAACCUGUACUAUUAGUGUAGAUCUUAUUGUUUGGUUGUGUCAGCCUUCUGUGUGGCUUUUGAUAUCAAAUCUUAACUUUAUUGUGCUUAAUCUUUUUCUUAAUGUUAUUCUUAUUGGUCCACUUAAGCGUUUUGUCUUCAUUCUAAAGACCAACUGUAGUUGAAAUCCAUAAGUGCAGUGGAAAUGGUUAUAAAGGUUUUGAAGUCAUCAGAAGAGAGUUAUGUGGCAGAA